AGUUUCAUUUCAUUCGAUUUCGCUGCUGAUGGAUUCGAUGGGGGUGGACUUUUUUCAUGUUUUUAGAAGGACAAAUCAAUUCAGUUUUUCGUUGUGUUAAAGUAGAGCAACCGAGAGGAAUCAGUAAUUUGUAUCAUUACGUGGUUUGAAUGUGACGAUCAGUUGCCUUUUUGCUCGAUUCGGCAAUCUUCAUCUUGGCCACCAAAAAGCAGUUAUUUUUUUUGUCGGUAGAGUAUUCUUAUACUAAACAUGGAUAGCCGAAUUCGAGACAUGUUAACAUUAUUUUGGAACGAGCCAGUGUGAAAUGUAGGUAUAUGGAGUUUUCAGGUAAGUUCUUUUUGAUGCAUUGACUUUGAAUUGCACAUUCUUGGCGGCCAUGUUGGUAUGCUGCGCUCAGUUUGCGCGGGAAAAAAAAUUGGCUUACCGCGCUGUGUUGCAACAAACGUUUUGUGGCGUUAAAAAGUACGUAUAUUUCUUUUAUUUUUAUCAGUUACUAUAUCUAUCAUUUUUUUGCUUAAUUGUUAAAAUCAAAUACUGUAUUAUUUUUUCUUGGUUUGAAACAUUUAUCAGACCUUUUCUUAGUUCCGUCCUUCCCUCCCCCCUCCUCCAAGAAAUAAAAUACGUUUUGCUUAGCAAAAACAAAAAACAAAAACAAACAAAAAAAAGUGACAAAUACAAUAAAUAAGCCAUGGUCAUUUAGCAAACGAAACGUUCAUGAACAUGAGGCUAUCGUAAUAUCGUAAUUCAAUUUUCAAAAUGAUUUGGGCAUCAUACAUUCAGUGAGGUUAUUGAUAAUUUAUUGUCAAUUUUACAUAUAUAAAAUUGAAUAGAUGUCUGCAGAGAAGAAAUCGAGAAGUGCACGGUUCUCUCAGGCCAUGUGCGAGGCACUUGUGCAGGCUUAUGCAAAACACCAAGAUUCUAACUACAGCGCACAGGCAGACCAUCAGCUGGGCCAAACAAGGAAAAGGCCUGCACCAAAAACACUUGCACAAGCCCAGCUCGAAUACUUUGAAACAGCUACCACAUACUACAAACUGAAGACGAGGAAGGUUCAAUUGGAAAUUGACCUCCCUAAAGAUCAGAAGAGAGAAGUGCAAACUCCAGAUGUGGACAAUUAUGAAUUAUAUUUCCAGGGAAGCACCUCACAAGCAGAAUUUUUGUAAUUUUUUCUUUUAACAAUAUCCAUUAUACAUUUAGGCCUCCCAUGAGACCUUUGUGAAAUUGAUAAUAAAAUUGAUGGAACUGUUGCAUAUUAGACUACAUGUGCUAGGGUUCACUUGUUAUCAACUCCCAAAAUUCUCCAACAAAAUAUUUCCACCAAAAACAAAUAAAUAUGGCAAAAAAUCAAAGCCUCGCAAAAUUUCAAAACGACUAUCCAUGAAAUCUACAAAAACCAUAUUACCUCAACUACUAAUACAACCAAGUACUCUCCCUAUAGGAGGGGAAGAAUUCAGGUCUUGACGAUACCUUGACCAUAAUUAAUGUGCUUCACUGAGUUAUAAGGUAAUUUGUUCAGGAAAAUUUCCAGCAUGACUGAAAUAAAUUAAUAGACGAUUAGUUCAACAAAAUAAUGAUUAAGUAUGUUAAUGUUAUUUUAAACUUUUAUCUUGUCAUUGCAUGAACAGAAUUCUGUUCUGUCUUCAUUGAUUAUUAUAACCCUGAGAAUAUUCAGUUAAACUUUGCUUAAAGAAAAUAACAUUAUGUUUGUCUCAUUUACAACAUUAUGUUUGUGUUAUUUACUUCAUUGUACCUCUAAUAACUUGUUGAAAGGCUUCAGCUGAGAACAUCCAAAGUCCAUAGUUACCAAAGUGCGUCCUACCUCAACGCCCAUUUCAACAGCCUGUACUGGUACUGAUAAAAAUUUAGUUACUAAGUGUAGAGAAUAUUGGGAGUGUGGAAGGAACUCGUACACGUUUUAAAACUGAAUAGCCAACGUUCAACUAGCACGAUUUAAUCGUUUCCAAGCAAAAUUUCUACAGACACCAAAUCAACUUUAUAUUUUAAAACAAGUUGAUCAAGUGAAAUUCGAGUGAAACUAUUUUACGAAGAGGGAGAUGAUUUUUAAGUUCUUUGUUCUCGUUGAAUUACCUAUCAUGAGUACAGUGUGCUUGUUAUACUUUUGAAAUCUAACUCAUGUAGGAAACACCAUUCGUUAUUUCGCGGACUGCGGAUAUAUAUGAGUCUCUUCGCGACCGCCAUAUUUUACUCACAUUUUUUUUCUGCGUAGCAUGUCUGAUUUCUAACUUCCUCCUUGUUACGGAAACUCGGCAAAUUCCAACAAAGAAACUAGUAUAGCUUGCAGCUCGUUGUGGGGUUAGGUUUGCGUGACAGAAACCCAAUUUGAUGCUUAGCAGGAAGCCAUUUCGAGGUAAUAAUUAAGUCUUAAUGUGCGGCGGCUACCGCAUCUACUCUCAGGAUUUAUUUAUUUAUUUUUUCUUCCGCCCUUGGUUGAUAAUUUUAAAUAACAAGAAAAUAGUAAUAGUUUUAAAUUUAUAUAGCGCUUAAAUGCAAUUGCAAACACGC